CAUGUUUGAGUUAAUAAUUUAAUUGUUGAAAUGUCGCAGGGCAAAUUACUUUCUUUAAUUUCAUCCCCGUUCACUUGCCUAUGUAGGAAUCAAGCAAAAGGGCAACAUUUAACAUUAUUAAAUAGGAGUUUAUCAUUUUCAUCUUUACGAUGCUCAGGGGACAAUAAAGAUUAUGAAAUAAAUCCUGAAUUCAUCAAUAGAAAUGAUAGGUGUUUGGAAUACAAAAAUCUCUUGCCUAGGAGGAAGGGGUGGCAAUACCAGAGACCUACCAAAGAGUUUUACUAUAGAUUAACUAUCAAUCCAACUGCUGCAAAGAUAGAGGCCAUUUUGGAGCAUUCUUCAGGGAGGAAGGUUGUGUCAGCUUCCUCUGCAGAAUGGGCAAUCAGACAAUUCUUAUACAGUGGCAGAGAUCUUUCGGCAGCAGUGAAUUUGGGACGUGUCUUUGCAGAGCGGUGCCUGAAAGCUGGCAUAGUUAGUGUGUUUUAUGACCCUAACACAGAUGUUCAUGGUUCAGAAAAGGUGAAGGUCAUUUUAAAAGCAUUAGAAGAGGCUGGUAUUCAGAUUGGUGAAGAUGAAGUGUUUGAGAAGAAAUUUAGACCAGGGAUCAACUAUGAUGGCAAAAACCGUUUGGGUGAAGGAAAGCGACCUGAUGAUGUACAAAUUAUUCAAUAAAUAUAUUCAUAAAAUA